AUGGAUAAACUUCUCAUAUUUCUUUGCUUCUUGGUCACAGUUUCUGCUAUUUUGCUGCCAAAAGAGGAACCAUGCGAUGAAGAAGAGCAGCCGUGUAAGUCUAACUGUCCAAAAGUGCCCAAUGGAAACUGUGAAGAAGGAUGGAAGAACUUCACUCGACCAUCUGGAGAAUGGUGUAUGAAGGUCUUCUUCGAGAACUUCAUCAUUCCAUUAGCAGCUGAGAAGAAGUGUCAGGAGAUCGGAGCAACACUUUCUGGUAUUCAGGAUCAAUACGAGAACUUUUAUAUUCUGUACACUGUCCUGGACAAAAUUUAUCCCGAAUCUGGGACUGUUAUGAUCGGAAUGAAACGUACAGAAGCUUGUAGGAACAGUGGGAUAAGCGAGACGUGUAAUUGGGCAACCUCAUUUGAGUGGACAGAUAAAUCUGCGAAUGGGACAGAAGGAUUCUCAUGGGGUAAUGGACAACCGGAUAAUUCACGUCGUCAGACUCCUGGUGGACAAGCCUGUGCACUGAUCUAUGCUACAGUGCCACUUUACCUGGACAAGGGACCAAUGCGGUCUGGAACACUAGAUGAUGUUGGAUGCGACUAUGACUUUGUAAAGGAUGGAUACAACCCCAGAACCCCAAAAGCAUACGUCUGCGGAAAGAAGCCGAAAGUAUAA